CUUCCUGCGUCAUCAAGGAGCUUUUUUUCAUUUGGUGAUACUGAUGAGUAUAUGUCAGAUGUCAAAGAAAGCUCAAUUAUAUAGCUCAAUAAACUAUAGAUGGAUGUGGUAUUAUUUGAGAAGAGAUGCGGAGUAUGAAAUAUGCAAUAUAUGUAAUAUGCCAUGUACUAGUUCUCACCAUUCCAAAAUGUUUAGACAUAUCGGAUACUUACAUUCUAAUACAAUUUUAAAAAAACAGUUUAUUCCAACACAAUGGAAUAAAAUGUAAUUAUUGUUCUAAAAUUUAUAUGGCAUCCAUAAAUCUGAGUACAUAUACACAAAAUCACUUGACAAAUGAACAUAAUCUUAACGAAAAUAUAGCUAAUGAACUCAAAAUCUGGGUAAACCAGCAACUUGAUAUAAUUAAGAAAUGUGACACAUGCGAUCAAUUUAAAGAAUUCGAUAUUUUUAAUAUAAUGGUACAUUUAGUCGAAACUCAUCGUGUCAUCGUGCUUCCAAAAUUUAUACCAACAGGAUUAUUAUCACCAAGAUUAUACAAUCUUUUUCAUCGUGAUAGGAACACCGCAGAUAUUCCAACGUCUAGCAGCAAUCAGCUACCAACUUGUAACACUUUGAGACCUGACGUUAAUAAUUUUUGUUCCGAUUUAAAUGCUGAUAUGGCAGUAGAGUCUACUGAAUAUGCUUAUUAUCACCAAGAUUAUACAAUCUUUUUCAUCGUGAUACGAACACCGCAGAUAUUCCAACGUCUAGCAGCAAUCAACAAUCAAACUUGUAAUACUUUGAGAACUUACGUUGAGAAUUUUUGUUCCGAUUUAAAUGCUGAUGCAGUGGAGUCUAUUGAAGAAGGUAAUAGGACUAAUCUUAAGCGUAAUUAUUAACACUGCUUUUUCGAUUUAACAUAAAGCGAUAUAACACAAACUUAUAAAUAUAUCAAAUGUGUUGCAAACUCAUAAUUUUUUAA